UGUGCCUUUGUGAAAUUUAAGCGACAUCCUCACUUGUGGCCAGUGUCCUAUGGACACUGAUGAAGAGAUAAAAAAAUAAAUAAUUGCUUUUGUGAGGGAAAUUGUCUGACGCAAUAGCAGCACAAAGUCAGAAAUGGGUUUUUUAAAUGGCUGUUAGGAAAUAUUUUGACCAAGUAUGAGCUUUGUCUUGGUUUAUUGAAACUCUUUUAAAUAUAUAUCGUGCAAUCGCACUGUGAAGAAACAUGGAAUGACAAUAAGAUGUUAUGCAAAAGAGGGCUGAGUAGAAGUCUAUAAAUGAUGCAACUAACUACGACCAAAGCAAAAUGAAAAAUUUUUCUAUGUAAAAUAUCUUAACUGAUCUCUUGGCUGUCCUUACACUAAAGUCAAACACCUCAGUUUCAGCUCUCCAUAUUAAAGCAGCGUGCAGAAAAUAAAUACUGUGUGGUAUCUUAUCAGUGUGGUUUGUUCUCAUAUGCGGUUCUUCUGUGUUAGUGAACUAUAUGGAUCCACGAGGCUUAUGCAGACAAUGACCAGUAAACUGAAAGAAACUCUCAAAACUAAGAAAAAAUAAACGCACAUUAGAAAAACUUUUCCAUUAGCAAUGAGUUUUAUUGAAGCCUAGACACCAGAUUGAGCACUCACAGCUCUCUGCUGCAUACAGUUAAUAAUCAUUAUCUUUCAUGGGGUGUUGCAUUUCCUAACUGACAUCAACACAAUCAGAUUUGCAUGGACUUCCUGAAGUUUCUGAAGUCUUGUGCUUUCCAAGCCUAUUACCCAAGUGCAGCUGGACCUAUAAGCUGAAAUGAGACAUUUACAACAUAUGGAUUGCUUUACAUUUCAUUAAGAAGUAAGAAGACUUCUUUUGGUUUUCAUAACCCCGGAGCACAUUACUGUCAUCGGUGUCCUGCAGUUACCAAAAUGAUAAACCACUGGGUGCUUCUCUCAGCCUACAUUAUAACCUUCUUAAUCGGCCUACCAGCCAAUAUCCUGGCCAUUUAUGCCUUCAUCAGGAAGCUUCGCAAAAAACCCACACCCACGGACGUCCUUCUGCUGAACCUGACUCUCUCCGAUCUGCUCUUCUUGUUUUUCUUACCAAUGAAGAUGUAUGAGGCAGCAUCAGGCCUACAGUGGCACCUUUCCCAGACCAUAUGCUCGAUCGUGUCAUUUGUCUUUUUCAGCACCAUCUACACCAGCUCGCUGUUGCUGAUGGCUGUUAGCAUUGACCGCUACUUGGGAGUGGCCUUCCCAGUCACCUACAUGAAGUUUCGCAAGCUUCUCUAUGCCACCAUUGGCAGUAUUUUCAUCUGGCUGUUCAGUGGAGCACACUGCACGAUUGUGUUUUUCGUCGUCCAUAUGGGGAAGGAGAAUAGCACUGAACCCAAGACUACCUGCUACGAGAACUUCACCGAUGACCAGAAAAGCGUUGUACUUCCAGUGCGGCUGGAGUUUUUUGUGGUUCUUUGUUUGGUGCCCCUGAUUAUAUGCGUGUUCUGCUAUCUUAACUGUAUCUGGAUCCUUUACCAUAGGCCCCGCAUAACAAAGGAGAAGAAGCAAAGGGCCAUUGGAAUGGCGCUAGGCACCUUGAGCGUCUUCUUGAUCUGCUUUAUGCCCUACAACAUCUCUCAUCUGGUGGGCUUCAACACCAACAACAGCCCACCAUGGAGGUACUACACACUGCUCCUAAGCACCUUCAACACCUGCCUGGACCCCAUCAUCUUCUACUUCUCCUCAAGUGUGUAUCGCAACACCACCAAAAUGUCCCUCUUUAGAGUUUUCUCACUUAGGCGCCGUCUAGGCUUGAACACCCAUCCCAAUUUGAGUGUUGAGGGAGAUUCUAACUCUGAUAAAGCCCGGGAAUUUGACCGUCACAAUAGUAACACCAGAAAAUAAAGAGAUACUACAAUGAUUGUGCACCUUAAACAUUGAGCUUGAAAUAAAUGUUUUUGGCAAAUUCAUCAGCUGACGCAGAUCCCAACAACUAAAAUUGACAUUUUUGAUUGAUUUCAUUAAUGAUUUAUACUUUGGUGAAAUAUACACAAUGCUACCACAGACCUAUAGAGAAAAGGGUGUAU